ACGGGAUAAACGAGUGUGUUCAACGGAACAAUCAGUCGCUUUGUGUGUGUGGCUGUGAGCUUAAAAAUCUGUAGAAAAUGGUACACUCGUGUUGUGUGAAUGGCUGCCGUGCCAGGUCACACAAUUACAAGAGACAAAAACUUGAUAAUAGCAUUAGAUUUUUUAAGUUUCCUUCUUGGAAAAGAAGUUUUGGAAAUAAAAUAGGAGAACUAACAAAGAGACGUCGAAUGGCGUGGGUCGCAGCUGUCGGAAGGAAGGACAUAACUUUCAAAACCGCACCUUCCCACAUGCGUGUUUGCUCGCUGCAUUUUCACAAAGGUCAACCAGCAUAUGAAAUGAUGGAGACCGACCCUGACUGGGCACCAUCCCUUCAUAUGGGGCACAAUUCGGUGAGGCCAACAGACACUUCACGGGCAGCACGGCGAAUGGCACGAUUGCAGCUGCGGCAAGAGACGUCAGGUUGGCCUAGUAAAGCAAAAGAUGUUAAGUCUGAAGACUGGGCCCCUACUCUUAACCUGUGUUACCUAAAGUGUAACGAGGGGCCACAAACGGAAGCAUGUAAGCAGCCAUGCACUGAGGAGGUAGCUGACUUCAAUGAUGUUCUCAGUGAUGGAGGCUCACCGAUCCCUUAUGUUGAAUUUGUCGAAGAUGAGUGCCAGACGGAUCUGACCAUGGUCGACCUCACUAGGCUGGAGGAUGCAGUGAAAGACUACACGUCUGAUAUCUGUGGCCUUAGGGAAAAACUUCAGAACACUAAAUUCACUCAAGAAACCUUCCAGGACAACGAGAAAACAAAGUUCUACACUGGAUUGCCCAAUUUUCUAGUUUUGAUGCAAAUUUUUCAGCUCUGUGAACAGUUCAUCACUGUGUCAUCGAUAUCUGCUCUCUCCAAGUUUGAGCAGUUCAUUAUGGUACUGAUGCAUCUCAGAUUAAAUCUACAAUUCCAAGACCUUGCUUACCGAUUUAAUGUGUCAACAUCUACUGUGUCUCGAAUUUGGCUGAAGAUGAUUCCUGUUCUCCAUGAAAGACUAGAAUUCCUCAUAGAGUGGCCUGAGCGAGAAGUAACGCUGUCAACCAUGCCCAUGUCAUUCAGAAAAGCCUUUGGUUCCAAAGCUGCAGUGAUAUUGGACUGUUUUGAAGUAUUUAUUGAGAGGCCUUACAACUUUUUGGCAAGAGAACAAACUUGGUCCAAAUAUAAUCGCCACAACACAAUAAAAUUUCUUACUGGUAUUUCUCCUCAGGGUUAUGUUACUUAUAUUUCAAGUGCGUGGGGAGGGAGGACCAGUGACAAACAAAUAACAGAGGAGUGUGGUAUCUUAAACAAACUGCUACCUGGAGAUAUUGUACUUGCAGAUCGGGGGUUCACUGCUGAAGACUGUGUAGAAUUUUUCUGUGCUUCUUUAAAGACGCCUGCUUUCACAGAAGGGAAAAAGCAACUGUCUGCUUAUGAGGUUGAACAAACAAGGAAGCUGGCAGGUAUUCGUUUUCAUGUAGAAAGAGUAAUAGGUUUAGUUAGGAGAAAGUACCAGAUUUUGCAGAGUAGGACCAUGCCCAUCGGGCACGUGGCUGUCAAAUCAACUGACUCACUUGCAUUGGUUGACAAAAUUGCAGUAAUUUGCUGCGCUCUGUUCAACCUUUCCGAGUCUGUUGUCCCUCUGGAGUCAUGUUAAUGCAAUCCCAUUUUGGAACACGUGUUCAAGUUGUAAUUGUUCUAUGUGUAUUGCUAAUCUUUUGAAAUUUGUUUUAGCUUCAAUAGCGUGUUACUGGCCAUGUUUGUACAUAUUUUGUUAGGAAGACAAUAAUUAGGGACUUCUCAUUUCAGCUUGAAUUUAAUGUGUUUCGGUAUACGUCGAAAACACCGGUUUUGUGUAUUUGUCAGUAGAUGAGUGUUUCUUUUUUCAACUGCUGUUGAUUGAAAUACAUAUGUUGAUGCAUCUAGUAACAUUUAUUUGUGAAGUACAAUGGAGUUUAAUAUACACUGUUAUUUGAAAUGUUUUAGAAUACCUUUAAAAUGCACAUUGCAACCUCAGAUACUGAUUCAGUAUAACUGAUAACUUUUCACUUUUUAAUUUGAUGUGCAGCAAAAACUAAGUGGUAAAAACAACUGAAUAACCUAUCCUAAUCUAUGGGUAAUGAUAUUUUCUCUUCUUCACACAAAGUUUUCAUGACAUUUUUCAGCCUCACCUGUUCCCUUCAUCAGAAGAGUCACGUGACGUGUCUUGACAAAUGUUCUGUCCAGGCUAGUCAGACUGCAGGGGGCAUGGUCCUCCACAUCUGCAUGGAACUAUAGGUGAAGGAUAAUUAAAGGCUACAGAUGUAGCAGAGACAUAUCAAGGUAGAGAACGCUGUUUUCACCCGUCUACCUGUCCCGAUAUAUUGGAUAUAGGAUGCAGUGUGUAAAGUGCUGCUGAGCUUUGUUGAGUGCUGUAUCCUAGAGCUGAACAUCUGUGUAGUGGUUUGAAUGUGCUACAUUUAUUUAAUGAUCAAUAAGAUGUGAUGUUCCAUAUAAAUAUGAAUCAUCAAUCUGAUUGGUCUUUGAAUAUUUGUUCUUUGGUUAUUCAGGGAACACACACUUCAUAGUAAUUCAGACAGUCAAGUAUAUAGUUAUAAAAAUGAAUGUAAUUAUAUUUUCCUAAACUAAGUGAUUAUACAUGACAAAGCAUGAAUGAAAUGGUGGAAUGUAAGCUAGAUGUUUGUAGCAAAACCUUGUUAAGUAUCAGAGAUCUUGUGAUGUCUGGGUUGUAAAAUCAGUUUGGCUGUAUGGUUUGAUAAGCUAGAGAAGAUUCAUAAAACCAUCCAGCGCCAUUUGUGUCAAUCUAUGAACCUUUUGUGCUGAAGGUCCUUGUGCGUUCCAGGGGUCAAGAGGUCGGUAUGGACAAAUUGCCGGUGGCGGGACCUCUGGGCACGGAACCUGUAGUUCAGCUCUGAGCACGACCCGUCUAGUUUGAGAUACCCUCCAUGUGACGGCAGGAAGCUGGCAUAUUUAUUCAGAAAGGAUGGUUCCAAAGUGCUUGGCCCACCUGGUUGGCCGAACUGGGAGACAGCUGGAUAACUGAGGGAUCAGGAAGUGAUACCUGUUUUUAUGAACUGUUGACAAAUUUAGAAAAAUCUGAAUUUGACAAGUUUAAAGGCGUUACCAAAGACCUCAGAGAAUCACUCCCUCACUCGGAUACUUGGAGGUUAACUCUUAGAAGUGAAAGUGUUGUACAGUUAUGUGGGGCAAAAAUGUUAACAUUUAAUAAUAAUAUAGUGAUAUUAUUGUGUUCAUACUGAUUGAUUAAAUUACAAGAAUCAACAAUUACUGAUCUGGUGUAAUGUAAGAGCUGAAAUGAAUCAUUAAAGAAAAAUAUUAAUUUUAACCCACAAUGUAAAGGAUAUAGGAUACAAUAAUCAAACACUUUGGAUUUAAGCAUAUUUUUUAUUCAACAGAAUGAGGUUUUUAAAAAGUCAUUUAUGACAAGAAAGUGAGCUUUAUUCAGAGAGUAAAAGUCUUGUCUUCUGCAUGAGACCUUGAGUUUCCAGCUAAGAUCAGGGAGCUAGGAGAAGGACUUAUUAUGGCUCCCUUAUUCAGUAAAGUCGCUGAGCAGUGCUUUUCUGGUUUGGAAACCAGACAGAUAUGAUGUGGCACACCAGUUCACCUCGUAUCGGCACCACCGUGUCAGAUUGACCUGUAUGAAGAAGUAAUUUAGGCCUAAAAGUUAAAAGUGAACUUUUGGUCAUUUUGAUGAAAUACUUGGCCCUUUGGUACACUGCAUCUGGCAGAAUUCCUUCUACAUGAAUAUUUUCUUGUUUACGAGUGAAGGAAAAAUGGAGCAUGAGAUCGAUAGGUGGAUUUGUGCUGCGUCUGCAGUGAUGCGGGUGUGGGUGAAGAGAGAGCUGAGCUGGAAGGCAAAGCUCUUGAUUUACCAGUCCAUCUACGUUCCUACCCUCACCUGCUAUGGUCACGAGCUUUGGGUAGUGGCCGAAAUGAGUUUUCUCCGCAGGGUGCCUGGGUUCUCCCAGGGUGAGAAGUUCGGUCAUCCGGGAGGAGCUCAGAGUAGACCCGUUGCUCCACGUUGAGAGGAGCCAGUUGAGGUGGCUAAGGCAUCUGGUCAGGAUACCUCCUGGAUGCCUCCCUGGUGUGGUUUUCCAGGCAUGUCCAACUGGGAGGACAAACUCUGUAAUAUGGUGCCCUGGACAUCAAGGCAGCACUUUUUCUCAGAACCUUUCCCUGUUUCUGAACGGUUGUGGACUUGUGCAACUCUCAGCUGUCUUGCCUGCAGUCAAAAAGAACAGAUACUGUACCAAAAUGCUGAAGGAAUUAAAUUUAAACAAUGCAUAUUUUAGUUUUUAGUUAAUAAAUACAGCCACAUAACAAAUGAUGUCUCUUCUGCACAUUCUCAUAAUUUCACUGAACACCUCUAUAGUUUUUAAUCAGCCCUAACUCAUAAGAUUCAAACGUUCCAUAAAAAGGUGCAUUUUUAUGUAUUAUUUUUAAACAAAUUAUAGUUUUUUCUGUUAACUGCUGCAGAUUAAAACAUACAACAGUUUUCAGUUGACUUUCAGAGCCACAAGAUGAUGCUGUUUGCUUGCUAAAUGUGUAUAAGCUCAUGCCUGGAUGGGGUGCUGCAUUCUCAUUCCUUCAUAAUAUGGUGCAGCAUCCUGAAAACAAAUGUAAAAAUGGCCUACAGGCAACAACAGUAAGAAGAAGUCUAAAAAAUGUAACCAGUUUUUAUAUGUAGCUGACUAUAGAAAUUAAAAGUUAAAAUAAGUUCAAGAAUUGUGUCCCAUAGGUCCAUAAUCAGUCUAAAAUGUUAGACAAUCCUUUGAUCCAUGUAGGACCAUCAUUCCAUCUAAAAUGUUCGCUUUUCACCUCUGGGAAUCAGAGAAAUUAUAUAUUUAUGGGGUUGGUUGUCAGUCUUUUUGUAAGAUAUUUUCCUGGUCAGCUUCAAUAGAUUAGAUUUUUAACACCGUUUUGGUUCUAUAUUUUCAAAAUACAAAUUCUGAUGGAAGUCAGGACGGCAAAUGUUCAUAGUGUAUAUGUGCUUUUGACCUCAGAGUUAACACCUUCAGAGUGUGAAUCAGUCAGAAUGAGGAUGAGUCUCGGUGCUGAUUUUUGGUCUGAUGUGCCCUGAACACAUCUGUGAUCGUCUCUCCAGGAGGAGAGUUUAUUUUUCUAAUUUAUGUAAGUCUUACAGGCAAAACUAUUUUUAAAGCUGUAUUUCCCCUUUAAUGUUAUAAGAUUAGUAUUCAAUCACAUUUUUAAAACAUUGUACAACCUCUUUUAGAGGCAUCUUGAGGAAGAACCACAUUUCCCAUGAUGCAUCUGCGGGGAGCGUCGAGCUGUCAUCGCUGGCGGAGAGGAAUCGGUCCAGCAUCUGCGGAGCGGCGCGGCUGACAGAAACACGGUGUUCACCAACAAAAUGAGCAGGGAGUAGCUCUCCGACAGCCUCCCACCUUAGUCCGCUAGGAUGACCGAGCCGGAUUUCUAACCACCGCACCUCGUCCGUCUCGUAUCAGCGCGGAGACCUGACUUUAAUUCAUCAAUGAGAUACGUGGAGAGGCUGUACCGCUCGCUGCUGAAAAACACAAGAUGAAGAAGCAGUUCAACCGAAUGAGACAGCUCGCCAACCAAACAGUGGGCAGAGGAAGCACGCAAAUCACCUGGAAAAGUAUAACGAGCUAACAUCGCCCAAUCUGAAGCGGAAAUUGAACACUGAUGACGGAGGCCCUAACAAUCAACUAAAAUUGCGGGAAACCAAGAGAGUUUCACAAAAAAGCGUGGAUGAUGCCAUCAUUAACUUUGUUGUACAAGGUCUGCACCCGCUCCGUGUUGUCGAACAGGAGGGUUUUAAAACUCUUGUGCAUCAUCUACAACCAGAUGUGACUAUAAUGUCUCAAGGCACUGUAAACAACAAAGUUGAAAAAGUAACACUAGAAAUGAAGAAAAAUCUAAAGGCUGCUAUGAAUGUGGUUGAGCACAUUGCUACCACACACUGUUGGACUGCACACAGACGAAGUUUCUUUGGUGUUACAGCACACUGGAUAAAGCCUGAAACCAUGGAAAGAUGCUCUGCUGCACUAGCAUGCAAACUCAAAGGGCCGCACACAUUUUCUGCACUUGCUGGUGCACUAAACGACAUACAUACAGAAUAUAACAUCUAUGAUAAGAUUAUUCGCACAACUACUGAUAAUGGCUCUAAUUUUAUUAAAGCUUGUCGAGUCUAUGGAGAGCUGGAUGCAAAGAGGGGACAAGGCCAAAUGAAACCGCAGAAAAAGAGAACAGAGAGGAUGAAGGGGAUAAUGUGGAUCUUGAGUUUGUUGAAGCUGGAGCCAUGUUGGAUGAAGAUGAUGGCCUAGAAUACCAACUGCCAAAACAUCGUCACUGUGCCUGCCACCUCCUGAACAGUUGAUGUCUCAGAAGCAAAUGCCAACACUACCUACAAGAAACUCUCGUUCAGCGUUUUCAAAAUGCUGGAGUCUGUGGAACAAAAGUGAUAGAUCCACCGCAGCUGCAGAGGUUAUUGCAGAAAGAUGCAAACUCCAGCUCUUGAGGCCAAAUGAGACGAGGUGGAAUUCUCUUUUUCUGUCUGUGGAGAGACUUGUCAGGAUCAUGAGAGAACAAGGAGAAGGAGCCAUUGCAGCUAAAAAUUCCAGUGUCUUGGCUUCAUCUGAUGGAGCAACCUGUGGUGCAGCCAGGUGACACGUCCUUUUCUUCAGAGGAGGAGGACUUCUUUUUCACCAUCAGGCAGGGCAACAACCAGGAAAAUGCCAAGCAGCUGGAGUCCUACCUGGCCUGUCCAUCAGAUUCAAUAGAUAUCUUGAAAUCUUUUCCAGCAGUAUGCAAUUUAGUACUGAAGCUGAACACACCUCUGCCUGCCUCAGCUUCUUGUGAGAUGCUUUUCAGCACUGCAGGACUCAUUUUCAGACCCAAAAGGGCACGUGUUGAUGCAAAGAACAUUGAAAACCAGCUUCUGGUGAAGCUCAAUAAAAA